ACACACACACAGAACACACGCACAGACACACACACACACACACAGAACACACGCACACAAACAACAAACACAGCAGCCCAGCCAUGAGAGGGAGGACGCAGCCCAUGAAGCUGAUUGCCGGCCGCCCCUUGCGCGGGCCGGGCCGCGUCGCCUCCGCGGCUCGCGCCGCAGAGGUCGGCUGCCAGCACCAGAUGGACAAGCUCUUUGACUGCUGGAAGCGAAACGACUUUGACGACACACAGUGCUCCAAGCUCAUCCACGCAUACAUGCGCUGCCUCUCCCAACAGAGCCGCGUGUCACGUUCCACGCCCUUGGAUAUGAGAUCAGCCAUGAAGGAGGUCGACCAGCCGAGAUAACCUGCGGGAGCUCACAACCUUCCCUCCUGCUCCGGCCGUCAAUUCCAACGCAACCAGGAGCACACCACCGCAGUGCAGUGAUGCCCUUUGCGUUUUUGUUUUUGCUUCUGCCUGCUCUGCACCUGCCUGCGUCAUGCAUACUGAACCUCAUUGUAUCCUGUAUGUCGUAGCUGAACGUGUUCUCUUGUCAAUACACGCACACCAUUCAUGCUUGAUACCAUCCAGUGUUCCAGUGGCUUUGGUUAUCCCAGUGUAUUCAGGCAACAACAC